AUGAAUAAGAACAAUGGAACUGCUCCUGGAGUGUCCAGGAUUCAGAAAGUCAUUACUUUACCUCAGGCUGGAAAGAAAAUUAGAGAGACAAAGGCACAAUUUGAACUCAAUCUAGCCAUUUCUGUUAGGCAUAACAAGAAGUGCUUCUACAAAUACAUCAAUAGCAAAAGGAGGGGCAAGGAAAACCUCCAUUCUUUGUUGGAUGUGGGGGGGAACAUAGUCACCAAAGAUGCGAAAAAGGCUGAGGUACUGAACACCUUCUUUGCCUCAGUGUUCAACAGGAAGACAGGUUGUCCUCAGGACAACUGGCUUCCAGAACUGCUAGACAGAGACAGGAAGCCAAAUAGCCCCCCUGUAAUCCGGGGAAACAGUGACCUGCUGAGCCACUGGGAUCCUCACAAGUCUAUGGGACCAGAUGGAAUCCAUCCCAGGGUAAUGAAGGAGCUGAUGGAAGAGCUCCCCAAGCCGCUCUCCAUAAUUUACCAACAGUCCUGGCUCACUGGGGAGGUCCCAGAUGAUUGGAAGUUGGCGAAUGGCAUGCCAAUCCACAAAAAGGGCUGCAAGGAGGACCCAGGAAACUACAGGCCCAUCAGCCUGACCUCAGUGCUUGGCAAGGUUAUGGAUCAGAUCAUCCUAAGUGCAAUCACACAGCACCUACAGAAUGGACAAGAAUUCAGACCCAACCAGCACGGAUUUAGGAAGGGCAGGUCCUAUUUGACCAACUUGAUCUCCUUUUAUGAUCAGAUGAUAUGCCUGGUGGAAGAGGGGAAGGCUGUGGACAUGGUCUAUCUGGACUUCAUCAAAGUCUUUGACACCUUCUCCCACAGCACACUCCUGAAAAAGCUGCCCCAUGGCUUGGAUAGGAGCACUCUCUGCUGGGUUAAGAACUGGUUGGAUGGUCGGGCCCAGAGAGUGGUGGGGAACGGUGCUGCAUCCAGUUGGCGGCCAGUCACUAGUGGUGUCCCCCAGGGAUCAGUGUUGGGUACAGUUCUAUUUAGUAUCUUUAUUGAUGACCUGGAUGAGGGCAUUGAGUGUACCAUUAGCAGAUUUGCAGAUGACAUCAAGUUGGGGGGGAAUGUUGAUCACCUGGAAGGCAGGAGGGCUCUUCAGAGGGACCUGGACAAGCCGGAGAGAUGGUCUGAUUCCAGUGGGAUGAGGUUCAACAAGUGUUGGGUCCUGUGCUUUGGCCACAACAACCUGCAGCACUACAGGCUGGGCACAGAGUGUCUGGAGAGCAGCCAGGCAGAAAGGGACCUGGGAGUUUGGAUUGGCAGGAAACUGAACAUGAGCCAGCAGUGUGCCCAGGUGGCCAAGAAAGCCAAUGGUAUCCUGGCCUGGAUCAGGAACAGUGUGGCCAGCAGGACCAGGGAAGUGAUUCUUCCCCUCUACUCAGUGCUGGUUGACUUAAAGGGUUUAGGCAAUGCUAAAGCUUCCUCACAAAAGCACAUGAUGGCAAAUCAAACAACUGAACACAUCAAGAAGUGGCCAGCUUUCCAAUGCACUACCAGUCUGAGCUUCUCCAUUCAGCUUAACAUUCCAAUCUGCUUGUUGGCAUUUCACAGGUUAAGUGUGGAGAAAAUGUGGUCCAGGGACCAGGGUAUCCAGGAAAUGCAGCAAUUUCUGAUGUGUUAUGAAGUCAUGGGAUACAUACCAGAAGCCCAAUGGGAACUACCGAGAAACGUUGCAGCACAGGGAUGGGAAGGUCAAGGAAAUGACCAACUAAUCCAUGCUUACCAAGUUAUUAAGCGCUUUGUCCCUACAAAUAGACUGAUUUGGACAAGAAAGAAAGUCACAGAAUCGAAAAACCUCAGUGAUGAGGAACUGCUGCUGAAAGGACAUAAAAAUGGCUACCUGAAACAUGGUCACAAUCUUUCAUCAUCAGCUUGGCUGAAUAAAGUGAAUGAUGGAUGA